CUUCGUAGCCUAUUCGAAAGUCGCGUCGUCAGUCAAGGUCAUUGCUUGUCAAUAGUACAAUCAGCCUUAUUUAAUCAUGGAGAAUCAGUACAAUUAUCCAACUGAUGAUAGAAUUCGUCAACAGCAGGCCAAAGUCCAAGAGGUUGUUGGCAUUAUGAAGGAUAAUGUUAACCGUGUUCUGGAAAGAGAAACCCGUCUGGCCGAAAUCGAUACUCGAGCAGAUGAACUACAAGUACAGUCAAAACAAUUUCAAGCCGUUGCUGGUCGUGUACGAAGGAAAUACUUUUGGCAAAAUAUGAAGAUGUGGGCUAUUUUAACUAUGCUGGGUCUUGUUAUUCUUGUGAUUAUUAUAGUGUGGUCAGUAUCGAACAGGAAAACUUAGUUUCUACUUUCUAUCUUCGAUCUACACUAACUGUGAACACACACACGAUGAAACAGA